GCAGCUUUAACGCAUCCGUCGGAAGUGACGCAGCCAAUAUGGCGAAGUGAGAAAGAGGUGUAUCGAGGUAGUUUACAGCGUGUUUGCCGUACUCAGAUACCUUGAGUUACUCGAUACUCUGGCUCGUAAUAGUGAUAUUUAAUCAUUAUAAAGUUAUAAGUAAGUAAUUCUAUAAUUUCCACAAGUGCAUUAAAUCCAAAACGUCAACAAUGGGUUCUAAUAAGCGUCACAAAACCGAAAAAUCUCGUGAUACUAAAAAGAAGCGUCACCGCAGUCGCUCUAGGAGCUACACGCCCGACCGUGAGAAAUCGGAGAAGCACAGGCAUCACAAGAAGCACAGAAGGAAAGAACGCAAGGACUAUGACAGCGAUGUUGAGAUCGUUAAUGCACCACCACCACCAAAAAUAUCAAAGUCAUCGCACCCAUCGACGCCUCCACCACCUGAAAUUUCCAAACAGCGCAGUCCAUCUCCCAUUAAAGGUGGAGCAGCACAAACCUCUUUAUCUAUCGAGGAAACCAAUAAACUUCGUGCAAAAUUAGGCUUGAAACCAUUAGAAGUUGAUAACACAUCUAAAGAUGAUCCUAGUAAAAUUAAGGAUGAUUUGGGAGAAUUCUAUCACAAACCUGCACCAAAUAACAAUGAAAAAAUAAAAGCAGAGAAACUAAGAGAAAAACUAGGUACCCAAAAGCAAAAACGCCAGAUUGAAGCAAAUUUGUCCAAGGUAAAAUCUUUGGGUGAAUAUGAUUCUGAUGAUGAUACCCACACAUGGAUCACUAAGUCCAGGCAAUUGGAGGAAGAAAAAAAGAAAGCAGAAGAAAGAGCAAAAAUGUUAGAUCAGUUGGAUGAAGAAUUUGGAAUUGGAAACUUAGUCAAAGAAGAAAUACAUACUGCUCGUAACACAGCAUAUACAGAGAAAGAUUUAAAGGGUCUUAAAGUUGAACAUAAUGUUGAAACAUUUGAGGAAGGUAAAACUGUGAUCCUAACAUUGAAAGAUCAAGAGGUAUUAGAUGAAACUGGUGAUCUGCUUGUAAAUGUGAAUAUGAUCGAUAGUGAACGUUACAAACGUAGCAUCUUAAAUAAAACUAAAAAACCUACGUAUGAUCCAUACGAUGAAGAAAAUUUCGAUGAAUAUGGACUUCCUAAAAGUAACAUUCUGGAAAAAUACGAUGAAGAAAUCGACGGCGAGAAAAAGGAUAAUUUUGUAUUGGGCAUUAAUAACUCUGUGGAGUUGAAACGACGUCAAGUAGAAACUGUGAAGCAACGUUUAGCAAAUAAAAAGCUAGAAACCUUGCAAAUGGCCGAACCAAAAUUAGCCAGUGAAUAUUACAAUGAAGAAGAGCUGGCAAAGUUUAAGAAACCAAAAAAGAAGAUUCGUAAAAUUAGAACAAAGAAGAAGUUGAAGGCUGAUGAUUUACUUCCUGUUGAUAAUGACUAUCUUCGGGAUCUUGGAAGUAGGAGAAGGAAGAAACCAGAAGACUCUAAAGAUAAUGAUGCUUUAGAUGUUGAUGAUUUAGAAGCUCCUACAGAAGAUCUUACCGGAGUAAAACUUGAGGAAGAUGAUAAGGAAUUGGAGUUACAGUUGGCUUUGAAGAAAGCUCAGCGCUUGAAGGAAGGGCAUCCAAGCAUUCAAAAAACGGUUGAAACGAUAAAACAGGAAUUAAACUCAGAGGAGAAUCAGCCUGGCAAUAUUGUUCUUAAUGCUACUGCAGAGUUUUGCAGAACCUUAGGAGAUAUACCUACAUAUGGACUUGCUGGAAACAGGGAAGAGAAUGGACAAGAACUUAUGGAUUUUGAAAUGGAUGGAAUUAAAGAUGAGCCACCUGCGAACGAAGACGAAGACGAUGGUCGUGGUGCCUGGAACACAGUGCAUUUAGACGAGAAUACUUCGGAACCAGUUGUGAUGGAGGCAGCAAUUCUGGAUGCAGAGCCUUCACUUGGGCACGGAGUAGGUGGCGCUUUAAAAUUAGCAAUGAGUAAAGGUUACUUGCAAAAAGAAGACAGCAAUCGACCGUCAGCGUCACGAUUUGCACACUUGCAAGCUCAGAAUUAUUCGAUAGAGGAUAAAACAUACGGAGAUGACGACAAAUUUGGCCGAAGGGAUCGCUUUAACGGACCGACAUCUGAUUUCAAAGAGAAGGACAGUUUCAAGCCAAACGUUAAGCUUGAGUAUAUCGAUGAUGAUGGUCACGUUCUAAGUGCCAAGGAAGCUUUCCGAUAUUUGUCACAUAAAUUUCAUGGAAAAGGUCCUGGAAAAAAUAAGGUGGAGAAGAGAAUGAAGAAAGCUGAACAAGAAGUUCUCAUGAAGAGGAUGUCUUCAACGGAUACUCCUUUGGGCACACUCAAUUUACUGCAAGCAAAACAAAAGGAAACUCAAUCACCAUACAUAGUGCUCAGCGGCAGUAAACAGAUGCAAACGACAAGUAUAUCCAAAACGAAACAUUAAGGAAUAAAAACGCAAGGAAAAAUAGAAAUUGUAUAUAAUCUCGUAUAUAGCGUAGUAUCUGGAAGUAUAAUAAAAUUCAUAAUCUCCUGCAAUAAAGAUGCAAACCAAAAGUUUAAGAGAAGAGGAUAGUGAUUUUCUUUCAAUGAUGAAAUUAUGGACAUGGUAGCAAAAAUAUGUUCAAAUAAAAGUUCCGAAACUCAACUACUUUGCAUCUCUGUACCUUACCUGGAUUCAAAAUGUAUCAUCUAAGAACAUAAGUGAAAGUAAUAAUUUUAUAGAACAUUGUUUUAUGCAAUAAAGCAAACUUCACAAACACA